AUGACUGUCACGUCGAAAAAGGAGGAGGAAGAAGAGAAGGAAACUGGAUAUCUGGGCCCGGAUGGUUCAAAUGAUGAACUUAGCCGUAAGAUGGUUUUGAGAAACCGUUCCUCGAUUUACACUAGAGAGAGACGUGACGAUCGUGGAUCCUCUGGGGAGCCUCAACAACAUCAUGAAGCUGAAGAGGCAGAGGAGAGUUUUUCCGCAUCAGAACAUCUCAAUAAACAGAAGCGGAAACGCACAGGGAAGAAACCUCACCGCUGCUCUGACUGUGGGAAGAGAUUCACAUCUUCAGCAGACCUCAAAAGACAUCAGAGAAUCCAUACAGGAGAGAAACCUUAUAGCUGUGAUCAAUGUGGGAAGAGAUUUACUGAUCUAAGCAGCCUGAAAAGACACCAAAGAAUUCACACGGGAGAGAAACCUUAUAGAUGCACUGACUGUGGGAAGAGUUUUAAUGUUCCAAGCAGCCUGAAAACACACCAAAGAAUUCACACGGGAGAGAAACCUUAUAGCUGCACUGACUGUGGGAAGAGUUUUAAUGUUCCAAGCAGCCUGAAAACACACCAAAGAAUUCACACGGGAGAGAAACCUUAUAGCUGUGAUCAAUGUGGGAAGAGUUUUGUUUCAUCUAGCCAACUGACUGUACACCAGAGACCACACACAGGAGAGAAAUGUUAUAGCUGUGAUCAAUGUGGGAAGAGUUUUGUUUCAUCUAGCAAGCUGACUGCACACCAGAAAACACACACAGGAGAGAAAUCGUAUAGCUGUGAUCAAUGUGGGAAGAGAUACUCUGGUAAAAGAUCUCUGAUUAGACAUCAGAAAAUACAUGAAGGAGUUGUUCCAUGAUAUCAAUAAAAUGUCAUAAUGUAGAACCCUAAA